AAACCCUUUUCAUCAUCAUUCUCUCUCUCUCUCUCUUUCUUCUUCUUCAUUUUCAUUAUCAAGCUUCUCCGGCGAUCUCAUCUCCGGCCGCCAUGGAAGCUCUGUACACAAACCUCCACUAUCUCCUCGUCGACAAUCCAACAAUAAGUCAAUUCGAAUGGAAAACCGGCGAAACCUUCGCUUCCUCUCUCCAAUUCCUAAACCUAACCGUCAUCUUCUACCUCUCACUCACCUUCUUCCUCCGCCGUCUCUCUCUCCCUCCAAUCAAAUCCUCCAUCCUCCGCCCAAUCUCCGCCGUCCAUAACCUAAUCCUCUUACUCCUAUCCCUAACAAUGGCAAUCGGCGUCAUUCUAUCAGUCCUCUCUCAAAUGCCAAACCCUAAAUGGAUCGUUUGCUUUCCAAUUUCUCAAACUCCUAAAGGACCUGUAUUCUUCUGGGCCUACAUAUUCUACUUAUCAAAAAUCCUUGAAUUCGUGGAUACUGUUCUGAUCAUCCUCGCCGGAAGUAAUCGACGGCUAUCGUUCCUUCACGUUUAUCAUCACACGGUGGUGGUCAUAAUGUGUUAUCAAUGGCUUUCGAAAUCGCAAUCGCUGUUUCCGAUCGGAUUAGCGACGAAUUCAUUAGUUCAUGUGUUGAUGUACGGUUAUUACUUUGCUUGCGCGAUUGGGAAGAAACCGAGAUGGAAGAAGGUGGUUACGAAUUGUCAGAUCGUUCAGUUUUUAUUUGGGUUUGUGAUAUCGACGGUCAUGAUUUAUUAUCAUUUUAAAGGGCCAGGAUGUUCUGGGAUUUGGGAGUGGUGUUUCAGUGCAACGUUUAAUGCUACACUACUUGCUUUGUUCGUUGAUUUUCAUUCUAAGAAUUAUAAGCCACCGUCGAUGAUGAAGAUAAACGGUCAUGAUUGAUUCUUACAUUUCUGUUAUUGUCUUUUUAAUUCUGUAAUUUUUUUUUUUUGCUUUCUUUUCAACGAUGAGUACUUGUUUUUGA